AUCUAAUCCUAAAACGUUCACAAGACAAAGUGCAAUAGUAUCAUAAUCAUUCAUUUCCUCCUACACAUUUGUUCAAAUAAUUUAAAACUACUAUACCUAAUGUAAUCUUGAUCACAAAGAGAAAAGAGGUGAAAAGUGAAGGGUGGAUUGAGGGAAAGAAGUUAGGGUUGAAUUUGGAUGACCACUCAAUUAUAAUUCAGUUCUUUAUUUGAAAAAAAUUAUCUUUUGUCAUUGACAGGUUACAAUUUGAACUAAAUUUUUUAUAUAUAUGAGAAAUAUUAUUAAUGGGGUGGAUAUGUAUAUGAGUAUGAGGUAAAGGAGGCUAAAACUAUCCUCAUCAAACUUUCUAUGGAUUUUACUUAUACUCAUCUCGUACUUAGACAAUGCAUGAAUUCUCCGUGGUCAUGGGUCUGCUUGCCAUCCCUAGCGAGUGCCGCGGUUUUCAUUGGCCACGAUUAUUGUUGUUGUGGUGAUUGGAAAUUUGGAACACAAUAAAGGCAAAACGGGCCUAAUAAUUUUGGUUGUGUGUUGGACUUUACUGAAUGGGCCCAAAGUCAGUUACCUAAGCCCGAAAUCUCCACCACCAAAUAGUAGUAGUCUUCAUCACCCUCUUCCAUGGGGACCGGCUGCGACAUACGGAUACGGGGCGAAAGACUUCUAUUGUUCCUCGACGCCGCCGAAAGCCCCGCCGCAAUGGCAAAAGUAUGCUGACACCGUCUUCGCACUGCCACCCUCUCCGACGAAUUGAAGGGUAGAAGAAUCAAAACUUUGCAGGAAAAUGGAGUCCCUACUCCCUCGACAUUGGGUCAUUUGAUCGAACAGUUUCAUCGCCACUGGAACAAUCUUCUCCAAUUCCCCUUCUUCAACAAGCUCCGCUCUGCCGAGGUCUUUUAUCACUUCAAUCAAUCGUCUUCUCGCAUCAAAUGUUUCUACAGUCGUCAAAUUUGGGGGAUAUUUGCUGAGUUCGAAGCCGGGGAUUUGGUAUCGUUGUUUACUAGUUUAGCUCCUCUGAAAGGGGCAAAGUCAAUGUGAUGGGCAUCAUUUAGAUUUAUGGCUUUUGGCAAAUGUCAUUGCAUCCACAUGGGCAUGUGUGCAGAGUUUCAAGUCAAUGGAUUGGCAAUAAUUGGAAUUAAAAAAAGGCUACUUGGUUUCUGCUGCCAUGGUUGCUUACUGAAUCUAGUAUUUGGAUUGGCAUGGCCUCAAAUAUAUGAUCAACUGCCCAAGCCCAAAAUAUGGUUGAGACAACUCUCUUCAGUGUAGCAGGAGUGGUUCUCAAGAAGUUGGGAUACCUAGCUGCUGAUCAGGCAGUCUUGCUAUGGGGUCUCAGUGGCGAAAUUUCGAAACUAAAAGGCACUGUUUCGUCCAUCCAUGCUGUGUUGUUGGAUGCAGAGGAGAAGUCUGGUUUGAAUCAUCAGGUGCAACAUUGGCUCCAUGAGCUGAAGCAAGUGCUCUAUGAUGCAAAUGACUUGUUGGAUGAUCUCACCAGCGAGGCGCUGCAGAUACAAUAAAUGGAUGGACAUUUCAUUGUGAAUGAGGUAUGCGUCUUCUUUUCUGAUUCCAACCAAGCUGUUUAUGGGUUGAAGAUGGCUCAUCAGAUUAAGGCGAUUCAAAGGAAGUUGGAUGAGAUCGAUCAGAACAAGAACCAAUUCCAUUUUGAAACGCGCCCUGCAUAGCCAGCUGUUGCUAACUGGGACUGGAGGCAAACCAACGAUUCUGUUCCUCGUGUCUUUGUCGAGAGAGAAGAAAAGAAGCAGAUAAUAAUAGACAUGUUGUUGG